AUGGAUCCCAAAUUUCUCGUCGUUGAGAUAGAUUCAAAAGAACAAGCGAUUCAGUUAGUUCAGAUUAUGCUGGACAAAGGCUUCGCCCGAUUGAUGCUUCUAGACGACUUGUCAAAACAUCCAAAUCUUGCAAAACCGCCAAACGAUUCCAGAGAAACUGCCUGUUCUCCAAUCGUUCCCAACGAGAAAUCGUUUCCAGUUGAGGAGGAAAAAGUAUUCCCAUCGUUAUCCCAAGUAUCAAAUCCAAUGGUAACGUCUACAGUUGUCAAACAAGAACCUUCAAGUCUAAUCGGUAACGAAGAUGAAGAGGAAGAAGAAGAAGAAAUGGUUUUGACUAGCAGGCACUCUGUUCCAUCCAAAAAACGACCAUACGAACAUGCAAAUGAAUACAGAGAACAAUUGAUGAAUAUGUUGUGCGGCGAGCCAGAAAUCGUACCGAUUGGCGUCAAUUCUACGAGUGAUGAGCCAUCUGGAUCUAAUGAAGAUUCACCAACACUUAAAAAAUCAAAAAAUGGAGAAUAUCAUGAGUGUAGAUUAUGUGGAGUUCGAGUAAAAUCACCUCGAAGUGGCCGAUGGAAUCUUCAAAUGCAUGUGAUUGCUCUACAUUGUGUCGGUCGUCAGUAUAAAUGUAAAGAGUGUAAUUACCUGGAUUAUCGAAAAUCGACAAUGAGAAAGCAUACGAUAUCUCAACAUGGAAGUGACAUACCACCACAUAAUAUUACAGACGAUAUAAUGAGGACUGAGUGGCACGAAGCAAUGAAAAAGUGUUUUCCUGAAUUCGCACAUCGCACUGGUUUUCUUUCUUAA